UCUGGCACCCAAGUUUCUCUUUCUUUUCAACGGCAAUCGUCAAUAUCUUUACUCUCAUUUUUUUCUCGUGAUUCUUUCAUUAAGGAAUCAGACUAAAACAUUUGCUGUCUCUCUUUCUUUCCCAUAAAGUAUUUAUCUUACGGUUACCCUUCUCAUCAACUUGCGGCUUUCUUUCUCUUCUCAGUUUUAAUUUGACGGAUUCGAUUUCCUUGGAACUCUCUCGUUACUGCAACACUUUAAUCUAUUUAAAUCUUUCAUGGAUAUGUACAAGUAAUAAUCGGCAUUGAGAAUUGGAGCUGAUGAAAUAAUAUGGUGGGUGAUAGAGAGAAGAAUAUCAGGAACAAGGAGGAUGAUAAGCAGGAGGAGGAAAGAGUAUAUGAGAUUGAGGAUGUGAGGGAUGGAAUAAACUCGUCGCAGGGAAGCAGAUUCAAUUUGAUAGAGAACGAGUUAGGGCUUGAGUCAGGGACUCGCCGAAAGUUUAGUCGUCAGUCAGUCAUCAACGGUGUUCGUUACGUCUCAAAGGGUGUCUUUAUCCAUCCCGAAAACAGAUGGUAUAGGGCGUGGACGAAGCUCAUACUGAUAUGGGCAAUCUACUCAUCCUUUUUUACACCCAUGGAGUUUGGGUUCUUCAGGGGAUUACCUGAGAACCUUUUCAUACUAGAUAUCCUUGGACAGCUUGCUUUCCUUUUGGAUAUAAUUCUACAGUUCUUCGUUGCCUACAGAGACAGUCAGACAUAUCGUAUGAUCUACAAGCGCACCCCUAUUGCUCUUCGGUACUUGAAAUCACAUUUUUUCAUUGAUUUACUUGGUUGCAUGCCUUGGGACAUUAUCUACAAGGCUUGUGGACAUAAAGAAGAAGUGAGGUAUCUUUUAUGGAUUAGGCUAGGUCGGGUGCGCAAAGUAACUAAUUUUUUCCAAAAGAUGGAGAAAGAUAUACGAAUCAACUACCUGUUUACAAGAAUUGUAAAACUUACGGCUGUAGAACUCUACUGCACACACACGGCAGCCUGCAUUUUUUACUAUUUGGCUACCACCCUGCCAUCCUCUGAAGAGGGUUACACAUGGAUUGGAAGCUUAAAGAUGGGUGACUACAGUUAUUCACACUUCAGGGAGAUUGAUAUCUGGAAGCGAUAUGUUACGUCUUUAUAUUUUGCUGUUGUCACUAUGGCUACUGUUGGGUAUGGAGAUAUACAUGCUGUCAAUCUGAGGGAAAUGAUAUUUGUAAUGGUAUAUGUGUCCUUUGAUAUGGUUCUUGGUGCUUAUCUGAUUGGUAAUAUGACAGCCCUAAUUGUAAAAGGAUCAAAGACAGAAAAGUUCAGGGAUAAAAUGACAGAUCUUAUCAAAUAUAUGAACAGAAAUAAACUUGGAAGGGACAUCCGUAACCAGAUCAAAGGCCAUUUGCGCUUACAGUAUGAGAGUAGCUACACUGAAGCUUCUGUUCUUCAGGAUAUUCCUAUCUCUAUUCGUGCUAAGAUUUCCCAAUCUCUAUACAUGCCAUAUAUUGAAGAAGUUCCAUUGUUCAAAGGAUGCUCCGGGGAAUUUAUUAAUCAGAUUGUUAUUAGGCUCCAUGAGGAGUUUUUUCUCCCAGGAGAAGUAAUCAUGGAGCAGGGAAACGUUGUAGAUCAACUUUAUUUUGUCUGUCAUGGCGUACUGGAGGUGGUCGGAAUGGGGGAAGAUGGGUCAGAAGAGAUUGUCUCGCUUCUACAACCUAACAGCUCAUUUGGAGAAAUUUCCAUUCUUUGCAAUAUUCCUCAGCCGUAUACUAUUCGUGUUUGUGAAUUAUGCCGGCUUCUACGGCUUGACAAACAAUCUUUCUCAAAUAUACUUGAGAUAUACUUUUAUGAUGGACGUAGAAUCUUGAACAACAUUUUAGAGGGAAAAGAAUGCAGUCUUCGGGACAAGCAACUAGAAUCAGACAUUUCAUUUCACAUUGGAAAGCAAGAAGCUGAACUCGCUUUCAGGGUGAAUAGCGCAGCUUAUCAUGGAGAUCUUUAUGAGCUAAAGGGUUUUGUGCGAGCAGGAGCUGAUCUGAAUAAAACAGAUUAUGAUGGGAGAUCACCCUUGCAUCUUGCAGCAUCAAGAGGUUAUGAAGACAUUACACUUUUCCUUAUUCAAGAAGGAGUUGAUAUUAACCUCAAAGAUAAAUUUGGAAAUACGCCCUUACUGGAAGCCAUCAAGUAUGGACACGAACAUGUUGCAUCUUUACUUGUUAAAGAAGGGGCUGGCUUGAGCUUGGAUGAUCCUGGUAGUUUUCUUUGUUUGAUUAUUUCAAAGGGGGAUUCCGAUCUUCUCAAAAGGAUUUUAUCCAAUGGCAUUGAUCCAAACUCCAAGGACUAUGAUCACCGGACCCCACUUCAUGUAGCUGCCUCAGAAGGACUACACAUAAUGGCCAAGUUGCUGUUAGAAGCUGGAGCUAGUGUUUUCUCGAAAGACAGAUGGGGGAAAACUCCUCUUGAUGAAGGCCGGAUGUCCGGAAACAAGAAUUUGAUCAGGCUAUUAGAAGAUGCAAAAUCUGCUCAGCUAUCAGAAUUCUCUCGCAACUCUCAAGAAGUCACAGAUAAAAUACACAGAAGGAAAUGCACAAUUUUCCCUUUCCAUCCGUGGGGCCCCAAAGAAAAUAAAAGACCUGGGAUAGUGUUAUGGGUUCCACAGACCAUGGAAGAGCUAAUAAAGACAGCAGCAGAGCAGCUACAGCUUCCAUAUGAUUCAUGUAUACUAACAGAAGAUGCAGGUAAAAUUCUUGAUGUAGACAUGAUUGAUGAAGGUGAGAAGUUGUAUUUAAUCAGUGAAACACAAAAAUUGUGAACAUGUUGUUGUAUGGUAUUGUAGUCUAGUUCUUUCUGUAUCCAAAUUCCACAUGUAUGCUGCCUAUCUGGAUUUGCAAGUGUUUAACACCAAGGCAUUACAAAUGCAGCAUUUUUCAAAGACAUGCUCCUAAAGUAAGUUUUCUGUUAUUAGUUAGAAUCGAGUCUGAAGUUGUCCUUGAGCCUGAACCUUCUGCAAUCCUAAGUCCAGUUAGACAUGCAGACAACGAAAACAAAAAAUCUAAAAAUUUAUUUGGUCGGCUAAUGCUUGAUGUCCCAAUACCUCUCAGCUUCAAGUAAAGAGUACCUAUAAAAUGAAUCUGUCCUUGAUAUAUUAUUUUACGAGAAUUCUUUUGGUUUUUCAGAUAGGAGAGGAUUGUAAACUGAGAACUAUUAAAUAGUAUCAAUUUUGUACUAGUAUUCCAAUUUCGAAACAAUUGGAACCUGAAUCUUGGCAUCAUAUGCCAAGCAUUGGAUUCACUUCGGGAGUUCUGCCAUCACACAUCUA